AACAGAGUGAAAGUGAGAGUGAUGUGUUAAAUAAGAGUGACAGAGAGAGGGAGACAAUGAAAAUAGUUACAAGAGUAAGUGAACUAGUGAGACAGUAAAAGAAGAGAAAGAAUCUGAGGGUGAAAAAAGAAAAGAACUAAUGAGCUAAACAUAAGAACGCGAAGGACAAGGUAGAAGAAGAAGUGGGAAACGUGGGAUGAAAGAGAAAGAUAGAAAUACAGAGAAGAGAACGAAGAUAACAAUGAGGGAAAAGUAAACAGACUCACAACUUUGCUGAACUAGUGCUGGGUGAAGUAUUUGAAAAACAAAAGACUUGUAGAUAUUGACUUAGACAUCGAGCAACUUUAGACCUUCAAGGGACAUAAUCAAUUCAGUUUGAUUUCCGUACACUUUUGGACAUUUAUGAACUAAGAGCAGACUUAAAGAUGUGGUUCCAGAAAAUAUCUACAGUAACGUGUCUGCUAUUGUCCUGUUCUAUCCAAGUCAAGCCAGUAACUGCAACAGACAAACGUGCUGCUGUUUGUUUUGAUACACUUGGCUGCUUUGCUACUGAAGGUCCAUUUGGUAUAAGUUUAGAAAGACCUUUGGUAUUGCCUCCCGAAAGACCAGAACAAAUAGGAACCAUAUUCCAGCUUUACACAAGAGACAGAUUCAAUCAUUCUAUCAAUCUUCCAGCAACACAUCUAGAUAACCUGACCGCAGCAUGGGCUCAAUUUCAAAACAAACCAACAAAAAUUUUGUCUCAUGGUUUCAUCGAUAACCCAAACGUAACCCCUUAUCAAAGGAAUCUGAAGGACGAAUUACUGGCACAUGGUGACUAUAAUGUCAUUAUUGUGGACUGGUCAGAUGGAAACUCUCCUCCCUACACCCAGGCAACAGCCAACACGAGAGUCGUGGGCGCACAGAUAGGCUUGUUAGUAGAUGAACUCAUAAAAAAUAAAGCUAUGUCUGCUUCAGACUUUCAUCUCAUUGGUCACAGUCUUGGAGCUCAAAUUUCUGGUUAUGCAGGAGAACAAAUACCUGGUUUAGCACGCAUAUCUGGCAUCGAUCCUGCUGGCCCCUACUUUGAGAAUACAGAUCCUGUAGUAAGACUUGACCCAACCGAUGCUGUCUUUGUAGAUGUCAUACAUUCUGAUGCGCCACCAUUAGGACUUCUACAACUAGGUUUAGGAAUUAAGCAAGCUGUAGGUCAUCUUGACUUUUAUCCAAAUCUUGGUCGAGACCAGCCCGGCUGUACAAGAAAUCCAUUCACACAAAUAGCUCAAUGGGGAUUGGUGGAAGGUUCUAUAGAGACAUUGAUUUGUAACCACAUGAGAGCUUUUCAUUACUAUGUGGAAAGUAUUAACACCAAAUGUCCAUUUGUUGGUUACCCAUGUAACAAAGAACAAGACUUUACUAGUGGUGUGUGCAAGGUGUGUCCACCUGAAGGAUGUCCCUACAUGGGCUUUCAUGCUGACAAAACUAAACUGAAUCCAGGGCAACGGCAAAACAUAUACUUGACAACGAAUGACCAGAAACCAUUCUGUAUGUAUCAUCUGGAGCUGACAGUAAAAAUGAGUUCUGAAAAUGGCCAGACGGAAAAAGGAUAUAUCACUGUAGAUAUAGUGGGGGAUCAAGGCAGAACAAAUGAAGUUCGUCUAAACUCUAGGCCGAUAAAUUUUGAAGUCGGGAAAAAUUAUCUUUUCUCUGUGCCUACUGCAUCAGAUCUAGGCAAAGUUCACACUUUGAAGAUAUCAUUCUACCACGUUUCAUCCCUUCUAGAUAUAUUCCAAUUUGGCUUGAGACACCGACAAAUAUAUAUUGAUGAAAUCGAAAUCUUCUAUCAAGAAAAAAACAAAAAAAUUCGUUUUUCACUGGCUGACUUCAGUAUUGAAACUGACCAAUCAGUGAUAGUCUUUAAUCAGAAUUGAAUUGUCAACAAGUUUCCAAGUGUUCACCCUGAAAGCUUCAAAUAAAAGACGUUUACAUAUAGAUUUAAUUAAACUGUAUAUUAAAGAA